ACGAUCGCGGGCGAUCUCGGAGAAGUGCGCCGGCUAAUUUGAACUAUUUUAAACAGUCAAUCGUGUGGUCAAGUGCGAUAAUUGAUCUGAUCGCGAUCCUCGUAGCCGACGCUCCUCGAUACUCGGUCGCGUUGAGCGGGAAAACGCGGCUUGGUUAGGUAGACACGCGCAGCGAAUUAAUUAUUACAUAAGAAAAAUACCGCGGGCCAGUGUGCGUUAGCAGCGAAUAUGCGUAUCGGGAUGCGGCCUAAACUGCUUAUCCCGUUGAACGUGAACGGCACACGUGCGUCCUCUCGUCCUGCCGGGGCCGCGGAUUGGAGGUUAAGCUAGGUUGGAUUCCAGGCGGAUCGGGAUUCGAGUCUCGGGUCUCGAGCGAGUCCCCCGUCAUUUCAACUCCGUCGUGCGAUAUAGUUCAGUUUACUCGACGUUGCGUCGCACUGUCCGUUGGACGCAAUGAUGGAGCACUACCGGCAGCUGGUGAAGCUGGUGAACCAGCAGAUGAGGAGACGCGGCGUGCUUCAGAGCGCGAAGGGCCUCGUGGAAAACGCCGCGGGCAAAGCGCAGAACAAGCUCGCCAGUGCGCAAAGCGUCGCGACCGAAAAGUACAACGUCGUUGCGAAAAAACUUAAUGACCAGGCUGUCAUAAUACAAGAUUUAAACGCCAAGGCGUCAGAAUCCGGCGCACCGUUGCCGGAUAAGGUCGUUAAGUGGUGGCGAUGGUACAAUGAGCUGGUAGGAAUGAAUACGGUCGAGACGGCCAGAAAGCAAGUGAUCAGUCUUCAGGACAAACUGUUCGAAUGUCAGGACUAUCGGAGAAAACUGAAUAAAGAUUUAACGGAUGUAGCUUUUAAGUUGCAAAAUAACUACGCGGAGCUGAUUCAGACGAAGCGGGACGAUCCCAAGUACGUGGAGUUAACGAUAGUGGAACACAAGUUUUUACAGGAGCAGAAGAAAGUCAUUAGCCAACUGGCGCUAUCCGAGAAAGAAGAGAGGGACAAUUUUACACAGCUGGCAACGGCGAUAAAAGACUAUCACGUUAGCCAGAACUUAAACGCACAGAAGUACAAGUACUUAUCCAUUAUCGCCUCGGCCGCGUUAGCGAUCGUGUCGUUGAUCGGUUCAAUGAUACUCAAUAACUGGAGGAUAUUAGACAUACGAAAUACCGUAGAGGUAGCGCAAGAAAAGAAUCAGUCGUUACUAAAUACGCAUACAAAUGAGCUGUCCGACAUAAAAAAGAUACUGCAGUCAGUCAAUACCAAGUUCUCCCAAGCAAUGGAUAUCGGUAGAGGCAAAGAAAAGCCUGUAGAUUUAGACAAAGAAAGCGGUCAAUCUAGCACGUCGAAUAUCUUGGUAACUUCUGCCAAGUAUUCAGCAAAUUUGUUGAUUUCAGGAGCGAGUUACAUCAAGAGAGGUAUUUACGUAUGUGGAUCGUAUAUUUUUUACAAGUAACGGAAGCUUAUAUAUACACAUUAUUAAAAAUUUACAUUGCUCAGGUACAAGCGAAACUUCGGCGGAUCUAGCGUGAUUCUUUCCGAUUUGUAAUUAAUUAUUGAUUAAACCCUUUAUCGGUAACAUAUAGUAUACAGAAUUUGAGAAUAUUGUAAAGGAAGUCGUAAAUAGAGGUGAACAGUGAAAGUAAAAAUUUCUUUCAUCAGGUAAUAAAAGCUUGUUCACACUUGCCAGGCAAAGUACAUCGUAUUUUUUAUCACGUAGUGUUGUGAGCAUUUAUUUCCUCUGGCCUCUUUAAUAAUGUACAAUUUAAAUUAUACAAUUACGUUGUACAAUUGUAAAAUAUCUAGUUAAAUUGAAGUGCAUGUCAGAUGAUCGUAAUAAUAAGGAAACGUUAAUAAUUUUGUAUCUUUUAUUAUAAGACAAAAUAAAACUUUUAAAACUGUUAA